AUGCAACUUAGCAUUGUCAACAACAAAUCGUACAACAUUCUGUCUACCUGUGGACGUGAUUUGGAUUCUUUUCUCGUCAAUUGCAGCUUUUUGACAUCUGCGAGAGGGGUCAAUGGUGGUUUCAGGGUCGAUAGCAGUGGUAACGAUGGGGUCGAUGGCGGUUGUAAUGGUAGUGGUGUCGGGCUCGAUGACGGUAGUGGUGUCGAGCUCGAUGGUGGUAGUGGUAGUGGUGGUGUUGAGGUCAUUGGUGGGGGUAGGGAUAAUGGCGGUGGUGGUUGUGUUGAGGUCAAUAGCGAGGGUAUGGGUAGUGGUGGUAGUGGUGUCGGGGUCCAUGAUGGGGCUAGGGGUAGUGAUAGUGGUGGUGGUGUCGGGGUUAAUGGUGAGGGUAUGGGUAGUGGUGGUGGUGGUGUUGGGGUCUAUGGUGGAGGUAGGGGUAGUGGCUGUCUCUUAUACACAUCUAGAUGUGUAUAA